AUGGAUAGACCCUCAGGCGCUCUCGCCGUUGACGCCAAUGGCCACGCCAGCUAUUCUUUCCCCAUCACCGUCCCCUCUGGUAUCGGGCAGGGAAAUACUCCCAAGCUCAGUCUGCAGUACUCGCAAACCCGCGAUGCUGCCGGCACUUGUGGCCUCCGCUGGGCGGUUGCGGGCUUGUCUUCCAUCGAGAGAGUUGCGCCAUCUCGCGCGAUCCGUCAGCACCCAGACUUUCUUGCCAGCAAGGAGGUGCCCGUUCCCUGGCGUCUAGCCGUCGAUGGUGCAGAGCUCAUCUGCUUCCAGGGCUCCUAUGGCACGGGAGACGCGCGCUACUGUACCCAGGUCGACGCGGGCCAGGUCGUCAUAUCUCUGGCAUCUGGAGGUUUCCAACUCCUAGAUACUGAUGGCCGCACGAAAGAGUACGGCACCACGCCAGACAGUCGGCUGCUGCCCGGUCAGUGGCGUCUCAGCAGUACUACAGACGUCCAUGGGAACACUGUCACCUACCACUAUUCCCAGUCUCCUGGUCUGGCUGCUGGAGGCUCUCGUCCGCCGUCAGAGAAAGGAUCGUCGUCGACGUCGUCUACACAAGUGUCGUAUAUCGACACCAUCCAGUACACCAGCAACCCCCGCAACGGCUACAAGGGCCGUUGUUGGUUGACUUUCCUCUACAACACCCGCCCAGAUCGUGCCGUUGUUGUCCGCCAUGGUCAGCUGCGCAACAUUGGCUACAGGCUCGAACGCAUCGAGGCUCGUGUUGGCAGUCCUGACAGCGCCCAACAGUCAGAUCUGGCCAGGGCUUUUGAUCUCACCUACACGUCGUCUCCUGCCAGCGGCGAGUCCCUUCUCGCCUCCAUCACGGAGCGUGGCUCAAAUAAGAAUGCGCUCACACCGACAACCUUCACAUAUACCGCGGCCAAUGACUCGGCCGCCGGAACAUCGCCUUUCGCCCAGGACCCGGCCGGCGCCUUCACCCUGCGUACUGGCGCCGCCCCUGCCGCUAUCCUGCCCCUUGAUACCACAGGUCGCGGCUACAGUGAUCUCGUCUGUCUGGAGCUGCCUAGUCCCAGCGGCCUCUUCCAAGUGCGCACCUUGGCCGCGAUGCCUUCACAUCAAGAGCAGUCCUCUCAGACGUAUACACCCCCAAAACUGCAGUGGCCUCACGACAAGAACCUCGGCAUGGACGUUGGGCAUGCUCCAGUUCAGUUGCCCUGGACAGACGUUAACAACAUCCCCGAUAUUCUAGUGGCCGAUCUCAACCACGACGGCCGUUCGGACCUCGUCAUCCCGUACAGAGAUUCCCAAAGAAAUGCCCUGUCCUUUGCCGUUCUGCGCGCCAACGGCCAAGGGUUCGACAAGCCCAUCAUCAUCACGUCAGGUUUCGCCUGGCAACACGGCAGCCGUUUCUUGCUCGCCGAUACCACUGGUGACGGCCAGAUAGACAUUUUGCAAAUGAUAACUGAUCAUGGUGCUCGCACCUACUCCCUCCGCACCUUUCAUGAUGUGGCCGCCAUGAUAACGCGGCCCAAUGCCAUACCCCCGUCACGCCAGUCGCCUGCGUGGCCGGUACGAGGGCUUACCAUCGAACAUUUUGUCUUCCAUAACGACAUGACCUGCGCGCCAGCCCUCGUCCACGUAAUGGAAGGUUCCGCCGGUGUUGGGUCUCGAUGUUUAUGGGUAGACGUUAUUAGCAUGGGCUCUAUGCAGCACAAUUCGGAAGGGCAAGCCUUCAGCCUCCUGAGCUCCCAGCCCAUCCUGACUUACGUGCCCGAGGACAAGGUCCGGCGCUCGACGGCUGUCUGCGACGUCAACGGCGAUGGAUGUCUGGAUAUUGUUGUCUGUACCGCACGCGUUGCCAGCUGUGGGGGCGGAGAUACUGCUACCUUCACCAUGACCACAACAACUUUUCUCCACGACUCCAACGGCAAUUUCGCGCGGCAGCCCGAGCAGACCUCUGUCGUCACAUCGGCGAAACCGAUGGACCUGGGCCGCGUCUUUGCCGUGAACCCCUCCAGUGCCCGUUUUGGUGGCAUUGCGUACGCAUACCCGAACGCCGACAAUAAGACCUGGAAUUGUAUCUUGGCCGUCGGUAACAGUAACGGCCAGCUGGGCUCCUUCCGGGCCCUUUCACGGCCUCUCGUCCAGACCGGCGGCGCCUCGCUGGGCGAUCCAGCAGACCAACUACACCUGACGCCUAUCGACCUGAACGGGGUGUCGCGCUGUGGGUGGCUCGCCUACUCUUUAUACGACAAUCACGCCGUCGUCCGCCCCAUCUACAACAACGUCCAGCUCUCUGACCACCUUCAAACCGUCACCAGUCCGAUCGGUUUACGGUCCACAAUCGAAUAUGGCUCCGCCACGCGGGCCGAGGUAUACGAGUCUGGUGUCGAUUACAAGACGUACCGUCCUGCAGACGACGAUGAGAAUGUGCGAUGUAUCGCCAUUCCAGCCUACCUCGUGACUCGCGUCCGCGAGGACAACGAUGCCAGCGUCAAUCCGCUUCCUUACUCUGCCAACUACGAGUACAAGUACCAUAACGGUGCUUUUGACGUCAAGAGAAGAAGCUGGUCCAGCUUUGAGAAAGUCUCGCGCACCGAGACCGUGUCUGGCGUGCGUGCUCUCACGACUUACUUCCAGGAGUGGCCUCUCUGCGGGCUUGUCAAGACCCGCGACACGUACGGCAGCUCUCCAAUAGCUCUCCAACGACGUAUCAAGAGGCUGGAAAAGAGUCACCAGUCAACGUGGGCCGGGGACGAACUGAUCCUGCUCAAGUCCGUCUCCAACGACUUCGAGGCGGUCAAGCGUAUGGCGGAGCGCCUCUUGAUGACGGAGUUUGGGUAUGACGGUGAGUCGAGGGAUAGGACGGUAGAGUACUCGUAUGAGAUCAGCGAGCCCACCAAGAAUAAGACGCGGCUUGGAGAGCAGUGGAAGUUUAGCCAGUACGCUCCCACCACUCGGUUAGGCGUUCAAGGCCUUACCGCUGCCACCAAGGUUACCUCCAAUGCGGGAAGCAAUAACUUCAGCACGUACUCUUCCUCCUCAGAUCUCAGCCUGACUCAGUUCGUGUACAAUGACCAAGGAUUCAUCACGACACAGCGAUUGUGGUCCUCGGACUCUCAGCAGUUCGUCGAGUCCACCCUCGGAUAUGAUGCUUUUGGCAAUUUGCUGGCCGAGACCAGCACUAGCGGUCUGUCGACGAUAAUGACAUAUGAUGGCCUCUACCCCCAGUAUGUUGUCGGAACCACGCUCAAGGGGACAGGCGUCGACCUCAAGACGGCUUACGCGUGGGACGCAAGGUACGGCGUCGCAACGGCUCACAUGUCGGAGAAGGGCGUCAUUCAAACCACCACCGUGGACGAGUGGGGCCGGGAGCGAAGCAAGGCGAUUACCGCCACCAAGUCCGACACGGACGACUCCAAGUGGGACGGAGGACCGGCCGGGACGAGCGUCAAGAGCCAAGACUUCGGCAAGAUACUGGAGACUUCAAGACUCUGUCGCAAUCAAGAGACAUCAUACGCGACGACCGGCAUUGACCCGGUGACCUCGAAGCCGGCACCCACAAAAUCCGUGGCCAAGUUCGCCGGUCCGUCUUUGAUGCCGGUGUUACCUGCUACCCACUUCGUGGACUGCAAGGGCCGCAACCGCCGCAGCGCGGAGCAGUUGGACGCGGAAAGCAGUGGCGGCGGCGUUGUGGCCUCCAGCAGGUCGUGGGCGUUCUUCGAGUACGACACGGGAAACAAUCCCGUCGUGAGGAGCACCUUGUACGCGCCCGAUCCCUCAGGCUGGAGUACGGCUCCCGACAAUUCCCGCUCGACACUCUCCGUCUUCGAUGCCCUAGGCAGGGCGGUGCUGCUCGUACGGCCGGCAAGUAACCCCAGCGACGGGUUCACGGCUAUAGACGCCGUCUAUGGCCGGGGCGGGUCUACUCGCACGACCCACUUCAGCACCGCCGCGCUGAUCGGGGAGUUUUCCUCGCCGGUGAGUACCAGGCCCAUCAUUGAGACGGAUUAUCAGGAGUUUGCCAGUGUGGACGGCAAGGACAAGAUCGUUCUGUCACGGAACGGCAGCGGCCAGGUCAAGACAUGGAAGUAUGAUGGACGGGGCCGGCUCGUCGAGCUCACCGAUGCGGGCGGCCGUGUCGAACAGCGCAAGUAUAACUCUCUAGGUUGCGUCGUCGAGAUCAACGACCCAUAUCAGAACCCGCUUAAGAGAACAAGGGGUCUGACACGCUCCUACGACGGGAGCGGCCGUCUCGUCAGGGAGGUCAACGUGCUUGGAGAGGCCCUGGAGCGAACGUACGACGCGAUGGGAAGAACGGUCCAAAUCGUCGGCAAAGACCCUAAGGGCGGUGUCAUACGGACCACGAGGUUCCGAUUCGAGGAGCCGGGCACCGGGAAGGGCUUGCUCGCCGGCGUUACGAUCGAGUGCAGUCCCGACACAGUCGACGCGGCCGGGAAGUCGCGGGCGGUGCGGAAGCUCGAGUACAAAUACACCUACGACGAAGCGGCCCGUAAAACGGGCCAAUCCCUCAAGUUGACGGGUGAUGUGCCCUUUUGGGACGGUUCCAAAUCUGUUGUGCUCAAAUCGGCGUGGACGUACGACAGUCUGGGCCGCAUCCUGACCCAGACGCUGCCCGAUUCAACGACGGUGAACUCAACCUACUCUGGACUUAGGCUGGCCCAGAAGAAGAUGCAGGCCCCUCCUGUUGGCGGCGGGCAGAGCGGCUGGGACAUAUCUGCAUCUACGACUGCAUUCAGCGAGUCGGGCACACCUACAGCCUGGACGAUCCGUAGUUCUGAGUUGGCUCAGGGCGGGUGGCACCAUGAGGUUGCGUUUGACAAGCUGGGCCUGCCAACCAGAAUGACUUUACUGGAAGGACAGGAGCAGGGUCAAGGUAAGAGGCUGGUCGAUCAUAACCUGGUGUAUAACGCGCUCGACCAGGUUAGCAGCCUUAACGAGAGUGUCAGCGGCUCAUCCAUCGCGUACGACUAUAUCGAUCGGCGGCUGGUCGCGUCGCACAGCGCCGAAGGUGUCAACCGCAAGUAUUCGUACAGCUCGUCGGGAGAUUUGACAGAAAAGGACGGUAUGUUACUGAGCUACUCAUCGGACGAGGAUUCCACCCGAAUCGAAGGCUCCCGGGAUGGCAAAACGGUCUUCUGGUCCACUUCGGACGCUGCCGGUCGUCUGACGACGCGCAAGAAUGGUGACGGCCCCGAGAUGAGCUACACCUACGACGAGAAUGGCAAGAUGAGCUCUGCGACAAGCUCAGAGGGCUCAUCAAUCAUGUUCUCGGAUCACGGCCUAUUCACCGUCGUCCGACAAGCCCCCGACGGGUCCAUCGAGAUCAAUGCGGGCCCAGAGUACCAGGAGAUUCUCAGCAAGGACGGCUCGAAGACCGUCAAAAAGGACUUCAAAUUUCCCGAUCAAACAGCAGUCACAGUCUGGACCAAAAUUAUGCCAUCCGUGUCUGGAUCCCCUCCGAUAGAGGACCAAAAAUCACGAAAAUUCCGAGUGCCUAUGACGAACCACGAAGGGAGCAUAACGCACGUCUUUGACGGCUCCGACAGGCGUCUGAUCAGGCAAAUCACUUACGACGACUACGGACAGGUGAUCAAGUCAACCGGGAGCAAGACUUCGCGCAGCUCUCGUGAGUUUGAGGGAGCCGUCAUGGACGACUUGAGCGAGCUGCUGGACUUUGGCGCGCGCAUGUACGACCCGGUUACAGGCCGCUUCACCACCCCGGAUUCCAUCCUCACCCUGCGGCAGACGCUGUACCCGGACGGCAUGAACCGUAUGACUUUCGAGAAUAAUGAUCCAGUCAACCAUACGGACCCAACCGGGCAUUUUUCGUGGAUGUUCUGGGUCGCGAUCGUGGUCGGGGUGCUCUUGAUCGCGGCGUUUAUCGUCCUUACUGUUGUGACAUUGGGCGCGGAUCUUCCAAUCCUUGCUGCGAUCGGGUUAGGCGCUGCGUCAGGCUUCCUGUUGGGCGCAGGCAUGGCGUCGGUCACGUAUGCGUGGAAACACCGCAACGUCACGGACGCGGGGACCUUCUUCAAGGGCUGGGCGGUCGAGGUGGCCAUCGGAGGCGCUGUGGGAGCCGUAACGGGCGCCAUCACGGGCGGACUGGGCGCGUAUUGGAGUGGCGCAGGCUUCAUGACCAAGGCGGCGGCGGGUUCCCUCGAGACGGCGGCGGCAGAUACGGGGCCGACGGCUGGGAGCGCUGUAUCCGACAUUAGCGAUGUCGUGGCCCCCGAGGUCGCCGAAGACACCAGCGCCAAUGCCAACAUACUCGUCGACCAGGAGCAGGAAGCCGCCGGUCUCGCCACGCGCAGGUCUGAACCGCUCGUCGACCCGGACGAGCCGUUGAUAUCAACGUCGCGCGUUGCGCGGUCCAAUACCGGCACCAACUAUGGGGCGGCGGCAGCAUCAGAUGGAGCACAGGGAGCGAAGACGACGGCGCUGGCUGAGGCUACCGGCGGCGCGGCACGUCCCAGCCCGAGCGUGCUGGCCAUGAAGCAAUUCGCACUCCGUCUAGGCUUGAACCCGAGCGCCAACGUCGGUCAGAACUUUGCUACCAACGCCGCUGAUAAUUGGGCAUAUGGCACCCACAACGAGGUGACCUCGCUGGACCUGGUGAUGGACAUCAUGACCGGCACCCUCUCGGCUGGCUUGCCAGUCGCCCAGAACACGCAGAUGUUCAGGGGGAUUACGACCGCCGUCGGAACCUGGGCGAAAGGUUUCGGCACGCUUGGGCGGGCGGGCUUAGGCGCGGCGGGGGUGGGCAUUUUGGCGACUGUGGGUGGCAUAGCACAGCUUGUUGACCAGUUUAUAUAUCAUGACUAG